AAGCUCACAAGUUAAUAAGCUUUGAUAAGAUCGCCAGAAGUGCAAACUUCCAAAAUCGGCCUAUUUUAAUUUUAACUCAGUUUCUUGGAGUUACCAAACAAAUCAAGAAAGAAGAUUGAAAGUGGAAAAGAAAUGGAGGAAAAUAAUUCUGGGAUUUUAUCACUCUUCUCGUUUUUGCCGGAGGGUUGCAUAUCAAGCAUCAUAGCUUUGACUACUCCGAAAGAUGCAUGCAGGGCUUCAACGGUUUCAUGGGUUUUCAACUCUGCAUCAGAAUCUGAUUCUGUUUGGGAAAGAUUUCUGCCCUCUGAUUAUCAAGAGAUUAUUUCUAACUCUGUUGACCCUCCGUUGAAUUAUGCUACCAAGAAAGAGUUGUUCUUUUCUCUUUGUGACUCCCCAAUUAUCAUCAAUGAUGGAAAACUGAGUUUCUGGCUGAGUAAAUUAAGUGGCAAGAAGUGCUAUAGGAUUGGUGCAAGGGAGCUUUCUAUCACAUGGGUGGAUACUCCAGAGUACUGGGGAUGGACAUCUACUCCUGAAUCAAGAUUCUCUGAGGUGGCUGAGUUGAUAUACGUAUGUUGGCUCGACAUCCAAGGCAAGAUGCCAAGUCAAAUGUUGUCCUCUAGGACAACUUAUGCUGCUUACCUUAUCUUCAGAGUCACAGAGUAUUCGUAUGGACUUGAUGUGGUUGCAAAGGCAUCUGUUCAAUUUGCUGAUGUUAUUCGUAACCCUAGUGCCAUUAGCAUUGAUGUUAAUGAUGAGAGUACUAAUGCCAACCUCCUUGAACCUGAGACGAGUUCUGUCUACUUGAUACAUUCCCCUUGUGGAGAUGGCUACUUGCAAAGAUCGUACAGGCGUCAUAGGAGACCUGUGCAGCAAAUUGCUGGCAGGGUUCCACAACUUAGAACGGAUGGAUGGAUGGAGCUUCUCCUCGGAGAGUUUUUCAAUGAUGAAGGAAACGGUGAUAUCGAGAUGAAACUUUCAGAAACCAGCAUACUGAACUGGAAAAAAGGACUGGUUGUGGAGGGGAUUGAGCUCCGGCCUAAGGAACUGUAAUCAAAUUUCAUGUACUACAAAUGCCUGAUGCAUGAUGCCUUGCAAUUAAGUGCUUUUGGUUCUGGUAAAUGUGUGGACUUAGAUUUUCUGUUUCCCCUACGGUGUUCUUGAUGUCAUUGAAGUUUGUGUUUGUUUGAUUCCAAGAUUCAAAUUUGGGAAUCUUAACCGAACCUAGUAGGAAGUGUAUUAGAAUUACCAUGCCAACAAAAUUAGAUAUAAUGUCUUCCCUGCCAUCUUAUCUAUGUCUUAAAUUAGCCUAUCAAACCUCUGAUUCUUAGCCAUGGUUUCCCUCCAGGAUGAUCGGUUCCUCCAGUCCUCCUCGAUUUUUCGCCGUAGAGAAUAGUUUUUCCGAUGACCAUAAAUCCAUCGAAGCCCUUAAGAGUCCCUUCCAUGAUCGCUGAAAGAAGUGGUUCUUGUCAGCUGUUGAAACUUGAAAGUUUAUCACUUGCGAUUUGCUUCUCCUGGUUGAUGAAAUGAACCAACCAACAAUGCUGUUGUGGAAUCCAACAACCCAGAAAUUCAAGCAGAUUAAUCCUCCUACAUCACACAACUAUAGCAACUCUGUGAAUGGAUUCGGAUACACAGAAAAGUUUCAAAAUUGUGCGAGUCGUUCCAAAUGCCGACUUCAGCAACCAUGAAAUCCAGGACUAAUACAUUGAGAACUAAUCAAUUUAGAAGAAUCACCCGAUUGCAUGGUUUCCCCCAUUUUAUUUCAAGGUAGUACUAUUUAUAUCCAUUUCGUUUGAUUAAUCAGCUACUAAAGAGAUCAGC